AGCUCAACGACAGCCAGUUCCUCUCCCACCGAGCCGGGCCGGGUGCCUCCCUGCUGACUGACGCUCUGCAGCUGAAUAGCCUGCUGCAGGCCGGGCACUGUCCCCGCGCAGUGUACCCGCAAGCGCCGGCCACGCGUCCUGCUACCCGGGCCGGCCGCUGCUUCUCAGGCGGGCCCCGCAGGGCCGUCCCGUCCCGUGCACCGCUUUGAACUGAAGUCACCGUGGAGUUCCGCCGCCCCGAAACUUUCACCGCGAGCGAGAAAUAUGGGAUGUAUAAAAUCAAAAAGGAAAGACAAUCUGCAUGACGAUGGAGUAGAUUUGAAGACUCAACCAGUACGUAACACUGACCGAACUAUUUAUGUGAGAGAUCCAACGUCCAAUAAACAGCAAAGGCCAGUUCCAGAAUCUCAACUUUUACCAGGACAGAGGUUUCAAACAAAAGAUCCAGAAGAGCAAGGGGACAUUGUGGUAGCCUUGUACCCUUACGAUGGCAUCCACCCAGAUGACUUGUCCUUCAAGAAAGGAGAAAAGAUGAAAGUCCUGGAAGAGCAUGGGGAAUGGUGGAAAGCUAAGUCCCUUUCAACAAAGAGAGAAGGCUUCAUCCCCAGCAACUACGUGGCCAAGGUCAACACCUUAGAGACAGAAGAGUGGUUCUUCAAGGACAUCACCAGGAAGGAUGCAGAACGGCAGCUUCUGGCACCAGGGAACAGUGCAGGAGCUUUUCUUAUCAGAGAAAGCGAGACUUUAAAAGGAAGUUUCUCUCUGUCUGUCAGAGAUUAUGAUCCCGUGCAUGGUGAUGUUAUUAAACACUACAAAAUUAGAAGUCUGGACAAUGGUGGUUAUUACAUCUCUCCACGGAUCACUUUUCCCUGUAUAAGUGACAUGAUUAAGCAUUACCAAAAGCAGUCUGAUGGUCUAUGCAGGAGAUUGGAAAAGGCAUGCAUUAGUCCCAAACCACAGAAGCCGUGGGAUAAAGAUGCCUGGGAGAUCCCCCGGGAGUCCAUUAAGUUGGUGAAAAAGCUCGGCGCAGGACAGUUUGGAGAAGUCUGGAUGGGUUACUAUAACAACAGCACAAAGGUGGCUGUAAAGACGCUCAAGCCAGGCACCAUGUCCGUGCAGGCAUUCCUGGAGGAGGCCAACCUCAUGAAGACCUUGCAGCAUGACAAGCUGGUGCGGCUCUAUGCUGUGGUCACCAAGGAGGAGCCCAUCUACAUCAUCACUGAGUUCAUGGCCAAGGGCAGCUUGCUGGAUUUCCUCAAGAGUGAUGAAGGUGGCAAGGUGCUGCUCCCAAAGCUCAUUGACUUCUCAGCUCAGAUCGCAGAGGGCAUGGCAUACAUCGAGCGGAAGAACUACAUUCAUCGCGACCUUCGAGCAGCUAAUGUCCUGGUCUCGGAUUCACUCAUGUGCAAAAUUGCAGAUUUUGGCCUUGCAAGAGUAAUCGAAGACAAUGAGUACACAGCGAGAGAAGGUGCUAAGUUUCCCAUCAAGUGGACGGCUCCAGAGGCCAUCAACUUCGGCUGCUUCACAAUCAAGUCUGACGUGUGGUCUUUUGGAAUUCUCCUGUAUGAAAUCGUCACCUAUGGGAAAAUUCCCUACCCAGGGAGAACCAAUGCCGACGUGAUGAGUGCACUUUCGCAGGGCUACCGGAUGCCACGCAUGGAGAACUGCCCAGAUGAGCUCUAUGACAUCAUGAAAAUGUGUUGGAAAGAAAAAGCAGAGGAGAGGCCAACGUUUGACUACUUGCAGAGCGUCCUGGAUGAUUUCUAUACCGCCACGGAAGGGCAGUAUCAGCAGCAACCAUAGUGGGCAUAAGGACCUGCUCAUCAUAGUUAGUAGGAAAAGCAGCCUUCGGGCGCAGCUAAUCAUCUCACGCCAGGACCCUCUGUGUUCCUGGUUCCUGACGGACAGGCCGAAUUAACUCAGGAAGAACACCCUAGACUCGGGAUGCUGUUUCUUAAAUGGGUGGCCACUGCUCAGUGGGACCAGAGUCAAAAUACAAUACUCUCUCCAAUAUGCACCACACUGGCUCUACAUGGGCUGAGUGACUCAGGUUCAGAGACUGUUGCAACAAAUUCCUAGAUGCAGCAAGAACUAAACUCACUUAGCGAAAAUAACCCCAUGCACAAGAAGAUGUUCCCUGACCUUCUGGAUGCUUUGGCUUACUUUUUUAAAAACUACUAAUCCAGCCUGUUAGGUUUUACACGUGAAGCCACUAGCUUUAAAAUGUCUUUUCUAAACUUGAAUGUUUUUGCUUUGGAGAUUUAAUUCCUCCUCACCUCCAUCCCCAGCACCCCUUCACCCCCACCCCCACC